AUGGAUCGCUUCCUCGCCGGUCUCAUCUCGGACGGCACGCAGCACAAGCCCACUGUCCACACAGCACAGAACCAUUGUCAACGUCUGUUUGCCGAAAUCAGUGACGAACGCGCACGAGUCCAGGCCCGCCAGACGGACCAGGACGAAGACGCACUCACAGCAGCAGUGGACUUCGGCACUUUAGCGCCCUAUUUGAUGACUGGGCGCAAGCGAGGGGAUCAUUACCGGACGCAACGGUACGAUGAUUGGUCUGCCAUGGUAGACUACGAUGAUUGAUAUCGAUAGGGUCGUGCGUUGGGCCUUAGGCCGGAAUAAGCAGGUGACGUCCGGUGUUGCAGACUGGAAGGGCGCGGCGAGGGGGAGCACGCGAAGACGUAGGACCGCAGAGACGAGUCCAGAUUGCAGAGCAUACGCGGUAGCUCCUUGUAGAUUGCAGACGGAGGGCGCCAUAUAAUCAUCACAGAACGACCAUUGGGAGGAUAAAUGGGCGACAAGCAGACCUGACAUUUGGCGAGGACCGAGAGCAAAGUGGCCGGC